AACCCCAAUGUAGACCAAGAUGUCGCUCGCUAAUAAAUUUUUGCAAAGCAGCGCACGGCUAUGGAAUAGUAUCAGCGCCACACGUGGUUUCCAUAUGCUGAUGCGUCCGACGACAGUUGCGACAACCACACCGGCUCACAGCACAAUUGGCCAGCAAUUGGUGACCACAACUAAUAUAACUGGCUCCCUACUGGCACCAUUUAAUGCGCUCGUGCAGCAGGUGGCAGGAUUCAAGGUGAAGGGUCGCCUAAAGCGGCGCUGCAAGGAUUGUUACAUUGUGGUGCGCCAGGAGCGCGGUUAUGUCAUCUGUCCAACGCAUCCGCGCCACAAACAGAUGUCAAUGAAGAAACGUGACUACAAAUCCUGGAUCCUCACACACGCCACACAAUCGAAGGAGAGGGGCUUUUAAAUCAUUAUUUGUUGCUAAUAAAUUACGUUUACAUAUGAAAAUAAGUCAAUUGGAUUUUAUUGACUUGAAUAAAAUGAGCUAACAAUUAAACAUAA